AUGAAAGUUUUUAACACAAAGCUUCAAACGGUAGUGAGAGAACAACUUACUGCGGAAGGACACCCAUUACCUUCAGAAGUUACCAUAGCGUAUAAUUUUGAAACAAAUGCAAUAGAUUUUAAAGUCGUCUCUGCAAAGAAGUCAGGUUUUACAUUUAAUGAAGCAGAUGUAUAUUCGAAUGAAAACUUCAAAGCUAUUGCAUGGUUAGAUAAUGACGAUUGCUUUAAGAAAAUAUUUAAAUUCAGUGACUCAACGAUGUCAAUAGAUGACCUUCGUGGAAUGUUACCAUCGACGUUUACAGUAGAAGGUUCAGCAGGAUUGCUUACAAGAUUGUCAAUUGGUGGUAUUUGGUCUCGUGAGAACAUUGUUAUAAAAUCCAGUAUAAGUGAAUUUGCUGAAGAAUCUAUAUUAUGUCUUUCAAACUAUAUGUAUUCGCCGCCGAAGCAUUAUAGUAUAACAAACUUUGUCAGUAAGUUUAACAUAAGACUUGUUGAACCUUCUUCAAUGAAAGAUGUUGUGCUACCCAAAGAUGGAAAGGAUGGACUCAUUAUUGAGAUGAUUUUAAUAGCAUAUUAA